AGGAUGGCCACGGUCGCGGACGAGAGCUGGAUGCGAUUAUCAUUUCCGUCACUUUGUGACUAGAGUUUGCUUUUAAUCUACUCUAUUCCAAGUGGGUUCGCCGCCAAUGCGGCUGGCCCUGCUCCGCCUAGCUCCUACAGUGUGUCCACGAACUAGCACCACUGCGCUCGUCAACAACUCUUGCAAGCUCAUUGAACACCCGAAUAUCCUCAAGAGCCAGCCAAUUCGGUCCUUACCUUGUCCAGCAUACCGACCGCGGACACCAAUCUCAAAGCGACAUGCGGGAAGCCUCGGACGCCAGCGACAAUUGGAGAAAUGUGGGAAUGAAGAUCAUACCGCCAAUAACUCAGAGACAUUAUCGGAAGGCUGGAAUACAACGACCUCAUGCCUACCUGAAUCCUCAGGCGAAUCCAUUGAGGCAGAUCUUCCCCACGCCUUCCACGACUCACCGGAGCCCAUUUCCAAUUUCAUAGGAUAUCCAUCAAAUAUCUCAAAAGAAUGUCAUCUUGAUCCAACAAGAUUGGAGUUCGAGUCAAACAUCGGCGAUUCUCGAGACAUUGGGAGCAAAUUGAUGGAUGAUGCUCGCUAUGCACACGAUUUUGGCCUUUGGAAAGAGUUGCUGCAAUACCGCCAGAGACACUACGGAGACGACGGUGUUGUGCACAUAUGGAAAGGACUCGUCGAAAGAUGCGCGGGGCUGGAUCUUCCAGUUGCAGGGGUGGAUGCCGAUUUUUUGUGGGAAACAUUUAUUGCCGUGGGCGUGAAGCAAGAAUGGUUGAUGAAAGAGCUGCAGCUGUAUGCAGAAGAUCUCUGGGUGCGGACAGGGAAAAGGUGGGAUCGAUUCUACGAAGAAGUAGUCGGCGGCUACUUUAAGGACGAGCGCCCCAAGAAGGCAGUAGAGUGGCAUCUGAGGCUGAAGCAGGUCCAUUUGAGAUGGCCAAACGAGGUGGUUAGUGUUUUCACGCCGGCGAUGUCUGUCGAGGGUGGCCUACAAGCAUUUAGGAACAUAUGCAGGAAUGUGGAAGGCCACAAGAUCUACAGUAGAGUUGUGCCGCCUCUUUGGAAGCAGGAUCGAAUUCGAGAUGCUUUUGCAAUGCAUGAAUUUUUGAUGUCCCGCCAAGACGGCCCAAAGACGCUUUCCGAGAUCGAGCCUUUAUUAAAGUAUGUUGAGUUGUAUGGGUCUGAGAAACAGCAUAGCUAUUUUGUCCGCGAAUUGGUCAAGGCCGGGAUCAUGAAACAUGACGAACCUUCGGAUGCAGAAAUAUCACAGACUCAAGCAACUAAAGAAGAAGAACAAAAGAAUCGAAACCAGCCAAACAAAGUCGCAUUCAGCGAUGAAUUCGGAGCGCGACUGUUUGCCACCAAGGCUUUGACAUUUGAAUUAAUUGUUGCCGGGUUGCAAAUGUUCGGAGUUGAUAGCAUUGGUCCCUUGACGCUCCGAGAAAUGGCGCUGAGGACUAGGAGCGUGGAGGAACUAGUAUCUCAACUGGUUGCACUGAAAAGAUCGGGAAUCUCGACCGGAGAAUCCGUUUUUUCAAAGGUCGUUGUCAAGCUAGCUUUCGGCAAAUCUACGAAGUUAUUGCAUGACGUUCUCCAUAGUGAUCAGCACCCCGACGUUUUGGAAGACAUGAGGACGCAGGAAUCGUUACUCGCAACAUAUACGCUGGCCGAAGAUUGGCGGCAGGUCAAUAAAACUCUUGCGGUUAUGUCUGUGACUUCUAAUGAAGAUCCCCACAACCACAACGUAUUAUUUCGAAACGCUGUGCGAGUCGGCAACUGGGAAGCCGCUACACAGCAGUUUGAAAUGAUGAGGGAGCAAGGUGUUCAUUUAUCUCGAACAACCAUCAUGUGGGUGGCGCACGAAAUACUCCCUCGGCGCCGCAAAGGUCGCCGGCCUUCUCAGGAUAAACAAUCCGUGGACGCUCUGCGACGUUUGAUAUGGCUCUACCAACAAGUCAUAAUAUCUGGAGGACGAGUUCCACCGGAGGCGUGGGUAGAAUGUAUCAAACGCCUCGGAAUGUAUGAUCUUUGGUCUGACUUGGAGAAAUUAUGUCUCUGGUUGAUACCAUUCUAUGCUCCCACAGAGACUUCCAAGCAUCGCUUACUGCAAGGUAUAAACCGCCCGUCGGUGCCGUCGGAUAGCAAACCAAACUGCUUCGAAAGUUCGCUGCCAGCUGCCCAUUCAAAGGCUCCUCUCCGGAGGAUUUUUAGUGUUCGCCUACAAGAGGCCAUUGUUGCUUGGGGAUUUAUCUUAAGGCCACACCCGGACCUCGGCAAGCAACUGGUAGCCAACCCCUUCAACCAGGGAGAAUAUCUCAUCCCUUGGGUCCGUGGGAUCAUCCUUCUUCGCCAGCUCAGAGAACAAGGCGUCAUUGUUCAAACUAAUACAAUCAAACGUGCCUGCCGGGCUCGACUGGCUACACUAUUUUCAGAAUAUCGUCGAUCGAGCCGUCGGCGGAAUCGAAUGCUUCGGAGGGAAAAUCCAUGGAUGCUGAAUGAUAUUUUACGGAGUAUCCAGAGAGCUUGGGGGAAGCCUCUGUUCCUAGAAUACGGGUCAAACUAUCAUAAGCUCGUCAACCCAAAGACCCGUCCCGUCCGGGUUGGUCGUUGGACGCAGACAGCCAGGGAGGAUAUGGACUGGUCAAUUGGAGCCAGGUUCUCAUCAUUUCACAUCUCAAGACAGUGAGUUCGGGGGAACAUCGUUGCACCAAGUGGCAGUCUUGGACGUCGAAAAGAGUUAGUACGCACUUGGCUACAGGUGGAUCUCACGCGGUCGACCUUUGUCCGGAAUCGCCUCCGACAGAGGCUCGAGCGGUAGUGGGGUUCCAGUUGCCUGCGCAUCCGUUAUCACCCAUUCCUUUGAGGUCAUCCCCUCCCAACCAAUCAGCACAUAUGUCGGGCCCAUAGGAAUGAUCUGAGAGGAAUUGCUGAGCAUGACUUUAAUGUAUUAUAUUUAUAACAUAUAAGGGCAAGGCCCUAUGAG